UCCAAAUGAAUGCGUUCAACCUAACGAAUCCUCCUGUUUCAGGUGGUAGUCAACAGAUAAUUCUUAAUGUUGGAAACGACACCCACAACAUUGGCAAGAGUCUUGGAAAUGUUAGCUGCCCUUGGGUGGGACCUCAAAAUGUGAAUGACUCGAACUCUUUUCCAAUUAUGACACAAUGGCUAGAGCCAGCCAAUUUAACGCUUGACACGAAGGACUACGAAGAUUAUACAGCAUUGCCACUUCCAACACCAUCAUGUAUGCCAAGUGUAGCUUUUUUGCCAACAACUGGUCAGGACUAUGCCAGAGAUAUUAUAACCAGCCGAUAUUGUCCUUUCAUGGCUACCGGUGCUUCACAAGGAGGAGCAAUUACAUUGGACUCAACUGCUCCAUAUGCUCAUGUCGGAUAUCCUAUAGAAGAUGAACAGCCGACAGGGUAUGAUGUAACGCUGUGGGCAUCGAUCAGCCUGAUGGAGCAGACUGAAUGCGUGGCUGGCUUUGAGGUUGACCAAACAACAUGUUCAGAUUUGUUCGGAAGCAUUUUCAACGGGUGCUCUGAUGGUGGUGGGACCGCUGGGGGCUCUGUGGUUUAUGGCUGUGGCGUUUAUGACUUGAGAACUUCUGCAGGCUCAGGAGAGGUGCCUCCCAAGGGAGUUGGCGCGACGACAUCGGGCUGGUACACUUCUUGAACUCUGACUGGAAUUUUUAUUUCGAAGCUUC